AUGCAGGCGCGCGGGGGCGCCGCGGCGGGACGCCGGGCCUUCGGCAGCCUCUGCCCCAACCGGAUGCCGGAGCUGCGCGGCCCGGCCCCCGGCAAGCCCGGGCGGCUGGAGGGCAAGGUGGGGGGUCCCGGGCCCGGGCGGCUGGAGGGCAAGGUGGGGGGUCCCGGGCCCCGGCGGCUGGAGGGCAAGGUGGGGGGUCCCGGGCCCGGGCGGCUGGAGGGCAAGGUGGGGGGUCCCGGGCCCCGGCGGCUGGAGGGCAAGGUGGGGGGUCCCGGGCCUCGGCGGCUGGAGGGGAAGGUGUGCGGGCUGGAGGGGGUCCCCGGCGGCUGGAGGGAAGGGGGCCCGCGCUCACCGUCUCUGCCCGCCCAGCUCGUUCCCCCGCGGAGGGUUCGCCCCGGCGGCGGCAGGGACCCGGGGUCCGGGUGCGGGGACCCCCCGGGCGCCUUGCCCGCGGCGCUGCCAGCCUUCGCCACCAUCGACCUGCAGGACCUGGCCGACUGCUCGCUGCUCGCGCCGCUCGCGCCCCUCGCGCCGCCCGCCGGGGACCCGGCCGCCCCGCAGAGCCAUGGCCCGCAGCCGGCGGCGGCCUGGGACCCGCAGGACUUCAGGGCGACGGUGGAGGAGCUCCUCGCAGACUCGGCCCCCUGGCUGUCGCCUCCCUCGGCCGGCGCCGACUUCCCCUUCUCUCCGGGCGACCCGCUGCCCUUCGGGCCCUGCCCCUCGCCGCCGCCGGCCCCGGCCCCGCCGCCGGAGCAGUACUGGAGGGCGGUGGCCGACCAGAGCCGGCGGGCGCUGGGGGACGCGCUGGCGGAGAACAGCCAGUUGCACGCGGCGCUGACCCGGAAGCAGGAGGAGAUCGCGGCGCUGCGGGAGCGCAACGUGCGGCUCCGGGAGCUGGCGGGCCGGACGCGGCGCCUGGCGGCGGCGCUGGACAAGCUGAUGGUCACGCAGCCGCCGGAGGGUGAGGCGGCCGGGCCCCGCCCGCCCGGGGCCGCGGCCAAGCGGAGCCUGGAGGAGCUGCCGGGCGCCGCGGGGCCGGACUGCGCGGCGCUGGACGCCGCGGCCCUGGACGCCGCCCUGCGGGACCUGGCCGCGCGCUGCGAGGACCUGCUGCGCGGCCGCGACCCCAAGCGCCCCCGCCUGCAGCCCGCGCCCUCCAGCCCGGCCCGCCCGGGGCCCCUGCGCGGCGCCUUCCGCGGGCUGCGCACCGCCUGCGGCCUGAGCCGCGGGGAGCCGGGGGCGGGCGGCGCCUUCUGCACCCCGAUCCGCAGCCACGGCACCAUCCGCACCCUGUCCUUCCCCCAGGGCAGCGCCUUCACCAUCCGCACGGCUGGCGGGGGCUACAAGUUCCGCUGGGUGCCCAGCUGA